CCGGGGGGAACGCUGGCAGGCCCUGCCCGCUCCCUCUGCCUUGGCGUGGGACCACCCUGGCGGGGGCUCCUGCCUGCUCGGCCCGAAACGCCGGAGGCACAGCAGGGAGUCCCCUCUUCUCUGCGCCCCCGCUCCCGAGUUCGCGACUCCUGGGACUCCCCCUAAAGCGGGAAGGGGAGAUUGGCGGGGCGAACACUUUCCUUUAGAAGACGGAAUGUAGUCAGCGUUCCUCUGCCUGACUCAGCUCCUGAUUUCCUUCAUGGAUACAUUUCAUAGCAUUAUUAUGUGAUGUGAGAAGUUUUUUGUUUUUUGUUUUUUUUGAAGUAACAUGGAUUUUAUACUACAGAAUCAAGAGAUUGGCUUUAUAGGAGAAAUUGAUUUAUAAAAAGUGGUACAGGUUUUUAUAGAUAACCAUGACAACAUCCCAUAUGAAUGGGCAUGUUACUGAGGAAUCAGACAGCGAAGUAAAAAAUGUUGAUCUUGCAUCACCAGAGGAACAUCAGAAGCAUCGAGAGAUGGCUGUUGACUGCCCCGGAGAUUUGGGCACCAGGAUGAUGCCAGUACGUCGAAGUGCACAAUUGGAACGUAUUCGGCAACAACAGGAAGACAUGAGGCGUAGGCGAGAGGAAGAAGGGAAAAAACAAGAACUUGACCUUAAUUCUUCCAUGAGACUUAAGAAACUAGCCCAAAUUCCUCCAAAGACUGGAAUAGAUAACCCUAUAUUUGAUACAGAGGAAGGAAUUGUCUUAGAAAGUCCUCAUUAUGCUGUGAAAAUAUUAGAAGUGGAAGACUUGUUUUCUUCACUUAAACAUAUCCAACAUACUUUGGUAGAUUCUCAGAGCCAGGAGGAUAUCUCACUGCUUUUACAACUCGUACAAAAUAAAGAUUUCCAGAAUGCAUUUAAGAUACACAACGCUGUCACAGUACACAUGAACAAGGCCAGUCCUCCUUUUCCUCUUAUCUCCAAUGCACAAGAUCUUGCACAAGAGGUACAAACUGUUUUGAAGCCAAUCCACCAGAAGGAAGGACAAGAAUUAACUGCUUUGCUGAAUGCUCCACAUAUUCAGGCACUUUUAUUGGCCCAUGAUAAGGUUGCUGAGCAGGAAAUGCAGCUAGAGCCCAUUUCAGAUGAGAGAAUUUAUGAAAGCAUUGGCCAGUAUGGAAGAGAAACUGUAAAAAUAGUUCGUAUCGAAAAGGCUCGAGAUAUUCCGCUGGGUGCUACAGUUCGUAAUGAGAUGGAUUCUGUCAUCAUUAGUCGGAUAGUAAAAGGAGGUGCUGCAGAGAAAAGUGGUUUAUUACAUGAAGGAGAUGAAGUUCUGGAGAUUAAUGGCAUUGAAAUUCGAGGGAAAGAUGUCAAUGAGGUUUUUGACUUGUUGUCUGAUAUGCAUGGUACUCUGACAUUUGUUCUGAUUCCCAGUCAACAGAUCAAGCCUCCUCCAGCCAAGGAAACAGUAAUCCAUGUGAAAGCUCAUUUUGACUAUGACCCCUCAGAUGACCCUUAUGUUCCAUGUCGAGAGUUAGGUCUAUCUUUUCAAAAAGGCGAUAUACUUCAUGUCAUCAGUCAAGAAGAUCCAAAUUGGUGGCAAGCCUAUAGAGAAGGGGACGAAGAUAAUCAACCUCUAGCUGGGCUUGUUCCAGGGAAAAGCUUUCAGCAGCAAAGGGAAGCUAUGAAGCAAACCAUAGAGGAAGAUAAGGAGCCAGAAAAAUCAGGAAAACUAUGGUGUGCAAAGAAGAAUAAAAAGAAGAGGAAAAAGGUUUUAUAUAAUGCAAAUAAAAAUGAUGAUUAUGACAAUGAAGAGAUCUUAACUUAUGAGGAAAUGUCACUUUAUCAUCAGCCAGCAAAUAGGAAAAGACCUAUCAUUCUGAUUGGUCCACAGAACUGUGGCCAGAAUGAAUUGCGUCAGAGGCUCAUGAACAAGGAAAAAGACCGCUUUGCAUCUGCGGUUCCUCAUACAACUCGGAGUAGGCGAGACCACGAAGUAGCUGGUAGAGAUUACCACUUUGUUUCACGGCAAGCAUUUGAGGCAGACAUAGCAGCUGGAAAGUUCAUUGAACAUGGUGAAUUUGAGAAGAAUCUGUAUGGAACCAGCAUAGAUUCUGUACGGCAAGUGAUCAACUCUGGCAAAAUAUGUCUUUUAAGUCUUCGUACACAGUCAUUGAAGACUCUCCGGAAUUCAGACUUGAAACCUUAUAUUAUCUUCAUUGCACCCCCUUCACAAGAGAGACUUCGUGCAUUAUUGGCCAAGGAAGGCAAGAAUCCAAAGCCUGAAGAAUUGAGAGAAAUCAUAGAGAAGACUAGAGAGAUGGAGCAGAACAAUGGGCACUACUUUGACACGGCAAUUGUGAAUUCAGAUCUUGAUAAAGCCUAUCAAGAAUUGCUUAGGUUAAUUAACAAACUCGAUACUGAACCUCAGUGGGUGCCAUCCACUUGGCUCAGGUGAGGGAAACAUCCAUUCUGUGGCAUGAUUGGACCUGAUCUGGCAGCCUACCACUAGGAAGAUAGCCUUGAUACUUCAGCAAGACCCUGAGUACAGGUGGAAGGCCAAAUAAGCUAUUCUUUGAUCUCAAACUAGGGAGAAGAAAAUCCCCUUAGGCAAUUUGUUCAUAGCGGUUAUUAUUCUGUAUACAUGGCUGCAGAGGUUCUUGGCUCCUUUGGGGAUUCUAAAUGGAAGCUUUCAACAGACCAGUUCCAUUUUAUCCAUGUAAAAACUUUAAUUCUGUUUUCACCUAACUAAAUCUUUUCUGCCUGGCCCUAGUUCCAUGAAAAACUUGUGGGACUAUACCCAACGGGCCAUAUCUCGCAUAGUUAUAAAUAUUGAUGCUAUUUAACAGUUAAAGGACUUUGUGGGAAUUGGGGGGAUGGGGACUGUGCUUCUGUGCACUGGGCAAGACAGUAUUUGGUUAGAAGGCUGGUUUUGUCAUCAGAAAUCGUUGCCUGGGGAUUCCUAGCUGGCUCAGUUGGUGGAGCAUGAGACUGUUGAUCUCUGGAGCACCACACUGGGUGUAGAGAUACUUUAAAAAAUGUGUUUUCCUGAAAAGUAAGAAAAAUGGUGCCACUUUGGUCUCAAGCUACUCUGUUAGGCUUGAAUUCAUUUGUGUGUCUUUUAAUUCUUAAAACAUUCCGUUAGAAACAUCAGUUUUUUAGCUACUUUGUGGAUCAGAUUUCACUGCACACUCAACAGAUUCUGAUCUAGUUAAACUUACACAGCAUAUGCUGAUCUUUUUAAAACUGUCACAACUGAUUCUAUAACCUUGCUUUCUUUAAUCUGUAUAGUACAAUAGAAUGUAUAAGUUACACUUAUGAAUGGCAGAUGGUCAUAAACUGUUGAUCGUUUCUUCCUCAUGAUGCAAGUAGUUUUUCAUAUACAUGAGAAGACAGCACAUUCGACAGUUUUUGCAUUUUUAUACAUGAGCACAGUAGAAUUUGAGGACUAUGCCAUAUAGGUAAUAAACUGGAAUUCUGUGAUGAAUAUAGCUGCUGUACUGUAUACUGAUAUUUAAUAGAUUGACAAAUGGUUAUUGAUAACACUCAGCAUUGGAAUAAAAUUAUAUCCAAGGGGAAAUGCUAGAACAAUUGACUUUGAGAUCACAAGGAAAGGAUGAUCUGAAAGUCAUUUGAACAUUAUAGGAAAAGAACUUGGGGGGGGGGGGGGGGGUUAAGCAUAUAGAAACAGAUUUUUAUCCUAUCACGUUCUGCCUCUUAUGACCAGAAUGCAGCAGCUUGCUACACCAUAAAUGUUUAAGCUAAUGGGAUUUUCAUACUAUCUCUAUAGCUGUAGCUUUAAAUUUUAACUUCUGUAAUUGGCAUGGAAAGUUAUUUUGUAGUCUUUUCAAGCCUUUAGGGAUGGUGUGAUGUGUGUCAAAUGACCUCAAAUGUGAAUGUCUUGAUUUUAUUUUUAUGACGACUUUAGCUACAGCAUUUCCUGUUCCCAAAGCUAAACACUGGAAUAACAUGGAGUUGUCACUUAAUUUAACAUAAGCAAUUGUUUUUAAGGUGUUUUUCUUGGUGUCGUGUAUGUAUUUGAUUUCUGUGUAAUUUUAUUUGAACAAAUGCAGAUAGUUUAUGUUGCCGUUCUCUGUUCAAAUUUGCAUGGCCUUGAAGUUGGCUGCAAUGUGUCUUAUGUGGAAAUUCUUCCUAAGGAAAGGUUAUCUUGAAAGUAACAUUCCUGGGUUAAGGGAAGGAAUGCCACACAUACUAUUUUUCAGGUCUGAAACACUCCAGCUUCGGGCAGUGAAAACCAAGGAAUAUUAGCACUUAACUCUUCAGUUCUCCAGUUUACCUUUCAUUCCUUAGGCGAAAGUAGUCUAUGGUAGACAGUGGAGUUUUUUGAGCUGCUUUUCAUAAAACUGUUUUCAGCCCUAGCAUCUAAAAUGGUGGCAGUUUAAGUAGCUCUUGUGCCAGUUCCUAAGCCUGCAGGCUUUAAAAGCAAAUCUCCUACCAAGGCACAUGCCAUGUCAAAGUAUACUUUUUGAGGGUCAGUGAAGGCCUAUAGAUCUCAUUAGCACUGGUAGAGGGAUAGAAAUGUUCACAUCCCAAACUUUUUUCAGUCCCAGUAACAUGGAUGUAUUGUGUUGAUAUUCAACACAGCAUCCCCCUACACAAAGUGAAAACUUAGUUGUUUUUGACUUCCUUAAAAAAACAAAAAACCUUGCUAUACACCCAGUUGUCCAACUGCUCUGGCCACAGUUCAUUUCCUGUCCCUUGUGGUUCUGAUUGGCGACUCCAGUGUGAGAGAGGUCUUAUCCACUUACAGAAUGGUAUCAAUAGCUUAAAAAAUGCAUAUUCAAAUAAGGAAAUCUCUUCCUUUGCUAAAUUUUCAUAAGUCACAACAACUGGAAAGGAAAACAGUACUUAACACUAAUUCAGAUUUGCUUUAUAUGAAAAAUGUAAUGUCUGGAUUUUUUUUCCUUAUGGCCUAAGGAAUAUUGAUAAGGAAUAAUUUGAAUGUAAUUUUGUGAAUGUGUAUGGAAAAUAUAAACCAGGGAUUUAGCCUUAAUAAAAGGUAACCAUUCUUGACAUCUAUUGUUAAUCCUCCUUUGUACUCUUAUCUUGUAUCUGCACUCUUAUUUUGAGUUGUCCUACUGCACACUGUCUUGUAAAAACAAAAGUAAAAUUAUAUUUCAAAUAAAA